AAGAGUCAACUUAUGCCUGCCAGUUAGAAUUUACUAAAAAACAAUUUGAUGAUGAAUUUUUUGAUUCAUUUAAUCCGAUUUCCGAAUUUAUCACUGUACAACUAAAUGAAAUAAAUAAAUA